CACUCUCCAUCUACAAAAGAAAUAAAAGAUCAGACAAUUCAGAAAAGUAUGUAGCAGUAAAUGCAAGUAUAAAGGAAAAUCUUAUACAAAACGCAAGGAUCAGGGUAGCUGAAAGAACAAUAGAUGGACUUCUCACAAAGAGUUCUCUAACACGGGUCAAAGUACCAGGCCAUGGGAAUUGCUUCUUUGAAGCUUCAAUAAAAUCAAGUGGAUCAAAUAAAACCGCAGGGGAAUUAAGGGAGCUAUUAAGUGAACAUCUUGAGGAAAACUCUGAGGAUUAUGCCUGCUUUCUACUCAAUAAAACAAACCUGAUGAUGACGAAGUCUUUCUGAAUGAAUAUCUAAAUGAGGUAGAAAAUCUUAAACGUGAUGGAUAUUGGUCAAACAGAGUGGCUGAUGUUUUGCCACUAUCUUUAGCAAAUUUUGAGAAGAAAUGUGUUAUCAUUUAUACAAACGAAGAUACAACCAAAUCUUGUAGAACCAGCGCCAAGUGAUAUCAUUAACCUGGCAUAUAUUUCUAUUCCAGGACUUAUAGAACACUAUGACGCAUGUACGGUUGACAAUAACAUUGAUACACAGAACCAGUCUGUAAAUGAAGAGAAUGCAAAUGAACAUAAUAUUGACAAGCUGGUUGCUACACUAUUAAACAAAAAAGUAAAUGGUACUCCAAGAAAGUCUACACCAUUAAACGAAAAUGUCAGUGCUACUCCAAGAAAGUCUACACCAUUAAACAAAAAUGUAAAUGCUACUCCGAGAAAGCCUGCAAAUUACAACACUCCCAUGAAAAGGCAUUUAGUAAGAAAACGAAAGGCUACACCAGAGAACUGGAAACGAAAUAUAAAGACAAAACUACGCUUAAGUGGAAAACAGUAUAUCUCAAAGUCAGGAAAAGUUAUAACUAUGGCGGGACGACGACAUCCAUACCAUGUGUCAUGGAUUCAGAUUCGACACAUGCGUUUUGUGAAAGACUUGCCCGAUACUAUGCUGUUCAAGAACGAUCUUAGGGAUGAUUUUACAGCGAUUAAGAUCGCAAAGGACGUCAAACUCAACGAGGUUGUACCCAACAAAUACAGACAGAAACUCCCUGUCUCUGCAGCUAAGAAGAAAGACUUAAUGACAUUGUGUAAGAAUGGAGCAAUUCCUAAAGAUUAUCACGUCUUGAGUAUUACAAAAACUUACCAUCAAGUGCCCCAGUGAAGGAUAGAUUACCAGAGUCAGACAUAGAGGAAUCUGAUGGUGAUGAAUCAGACAACUAUCCGAACAUCAAUGGUUGCUUAACUAUUGUAUAUAAACGUAUUGACUGCAAAAGCGAUUCAUAAACCUAAAGAUUAUAAUUAAGAUCUAGUCAUAAUUUUAAAGGACUAUAAAAUUUAGUGAUAAAUGACAAUCUUUUGAGCAUGAAGUGAAAAGGGAACUAAAUGUUGCACAAGAUUUGAUAUCAAAAUAAUUCUAUGUCUAUUAAGAAAUGUAAAUCUCAAAGCAAAGAACAUUGUGAUAGUUUUUGAGUUUGAUGGUAUAUGAGAACCGGUUUAAUGACACGGAAUCUAGGAUUAGAUUUUGUUGAAACAGUAUGGUUUGAUGCCAUAUGAAGACUCUAUAAAACUAAAUGACCUAAUGUUCUUUGUCUGUAUGACACCAAAAUAUGCUACAACAACUGUAUAUGUUUUUGAGCAGACAUAUAUUUUAAUAAAUAACAUAACAGAGAGGUGUUAUAACUUUGUUAUACUUAUAAUCAUUGCUAAACAAUAAUUUCAUUUAAUGUGUAAAAUAGUUCGUAAGAGACGUUGUUAUACACAUUUUAAAAUAUACUGUUGUCUCGAAAUGUUUAGUGGAAAAAACAAGUAUUCUGAUAUUACCUUAUUAUUUUAGUCAAAAUAUGCUAUUUACUAUCAAAAAAGUUUAUACUACAACAGAGCAAAUCCAGACACAUCAUUUUUGUUUGAGUAGACAUUGCGCUUUUUGAAAACUUGUGAACAUGGAAUAAUAACGUCUCUAUAUAUGCAUGGUUUUUACAGACUUAAAUGUUUAAACUUUUGAAAAAUCUUUUCUGCAAAAGA